UCUUUGAUAAUGACAUAAUGACAGCCGCUGCACAGACAAAUAACACACAAACAAAAUAUCUCUUUUGCAGAGAUACUCGGAUCAAAUUUCUCGACAAACAAUACAAAUUCCAGCUCAUUGCAUUUAUUUUUUAAGCAAAUUCAACGUUAGCAUUAGUUGAAAUUCAUUGAACCAUGUAAACUGUAAAUGUCUGUAUUUGAAUAGUAAACAUUGUAUUUUGAGCGAGAAUUGGAGAAGUUCGACGUUUUACGCUGGAGUAAUUAAGUGACAAAGUGGAAAAAAAAAACAUGACUGAACUGAAGCAGCCAGUUGAUCCAACCAACCCGAUUGUAUUUUUAGACAUUCAAAUUGGUUUAGAAUCAGUGGGCCGUGUAAUAAUUGAGCUACGAAAAGACUUGGUGCCAAAAACGGCUGAGAAUUUUCGUUGUUUGUGCACUGGUGAGAAGGGAAUCGGAGUUAAUGGCAAGCCCCUUCAUUACAAGGGCAUACGAUUCCAUAAAGUCCAGCGUUUGUUCAUGGUUCAGGGCGGUGACAUCGUUAAAAAUGAUGGAACCAGCGGCGAAAGUAUUUACGGGCCAUUUUUUGAUGACGAAACACUGACGCUACCGCACGAAGCUGGUUCGGUUGGUAUGGCCAAUUUUGGACGACCGAACACAAACAACUCACAAUUCUUUGUGACAACCGUUGACAGCCCGCAUUGCGACGGCUCCAAUGUUGUGUGUGGCAAAGUACUCCGUGGCCUUGGCUGCUUGCAAGAAAUGGAAAAAUUGGCAUCUGACGAAUCGGUUCCAUUGUUGGAAAUGACCAUUCAGAAUUGCGGUGAGAUUCGAUCGGGUGACGAUUGGAGUUUUUGUGAUGAUGAUAGAAGCGGAGAAAAAUUACCACCCUUCCCAGAAGACUGGGAUCAAAAGGCGAAUGAGUUUACGAUUGAGCAAGCGGUUGCAAUUCUUGAAUCGAUAAAAACUGCGGGCAAUUUGUUUUUCGGGAAUAAGGAAUACGUUGACGCCAAUCGUAAAUAUAAGAAAACCUUGCGCUAUUUCAAUUAUUUGAAGGACAAAUUGGAGGCAAUACAUCGAAAAGGUUUGACUGUGCAGCAAUUACGAGAGAAAUUGCAAGCCUUGCAUCAGAUUAACUCAGUUGUUUGCCUGAAUAUUGCUGCGGUGGAAUUGAAGUUGAAUAAUGCCGAGAAUGCAAAGAACUCAUGUGAUGAGGUACUACUGAAUGAUCCAAACAAUGCAAAGGCACUGUACCGGCGAGGCCAAGCUCAUGUCGUGCUGAAAAACUACGAUGAUGCUCUAGUCGAUUUAGAGCAGGCAUAUCGAUCGUUGCCAUUGGACAAAAAUAUUCAAAACGAAUACCAACGAGCUAAGGAAAUUUGGCGCAACUAUCAAAAUCAACAGAAGAAUGUGUAUAAAAAUCUUUUUGAACGAAUUUGAAAAGAACAUUUGAUUUGCAAGUGCCUAAACGUGUUCGAACUUCAAAAAAAUAAAUGUUUAAGUCUAAUUUUGAUUGUAAGCUACAACUAUACACAAUCCACCAUCAAAAGAGAUGGAGAAAAAAAAAGAAAUGACGUAGAAAUUCAGAUUUUAUUGCAAUGGAUUCCAAGUCUGAUGAAAAAAAUGUGACGAGACAAUUUUUCCAUUCAUUGGAGACUAUCGUGCUAUUUUUCUUUGUCUUACCACUCAACCAUAAAGGCCGCAUUAAAUGAGUGUCUAAUGCAUUAGUAAAAUUAUCCGCAAAUAAAAUUACGAAUUUUCUGAUCAUAAAAA